GUAGGGUUGACCCAGGACUGGGCACCGACCGGGCAGCGCUGUGUUCCUGCGCUGCGAGGCAGGGGGAGAUGCAGCUGUUCCUGCUCCUGUCGCUGCUGCUGGCCGCCGUUCCAGGGUCCUGGGCUCGCACCAUGAGGCGCCAGAGUGACAGCUGGGGCCCCUGGGGCGAGUGGAGCCCCUGCAGCCGGACCUGCGGAGGAGGUAUCAGCUUCAGGGAGCGUCCCUGCUACUCCCAGAGGAGAGACGGAGGCGCCAGCUGCGUGGGUCCUGCGCGGAGCCACCGCACCUGCCGCACCGAGAGCUGCCCCGAUGGCGCGCGGGACUUCCGGGCGGAGCAGUGCUCGGUAUUCGACAGCGCUGAGUUCCAGGGCCGGCGCUACCGGUGGCUGCCCUACUACGGAGCCCCAAACAAGUGUGAGCUGAACUGCAUUCCCAAGGGAGAGAACUUCUACUAUAAGCACAGGGAGGCUGUGGUGGACGGGACACCCUGUGAGCCUGGCAAGCAGGAUGUCUGUGUGGAUGGCAGCUGCCGGGUUGUUGGCUGUGACCACAAACUAGAUUCCCCCAAGCAGGAGGACAAAUGUCUUCAGUGUGGGGGUGAUGGCUCGACAUGCUACCCUGUCACAGGCACCUUUGAUGCCAAUGACCUCAGCAGAGGCUACAACCAUAUCUUCAUCAUUCCUGCGGGGGCUACCAGCAUUUGGAUUGAGGAGGCUGCUGCCAGCAGGAAUUUCCUGGCGGUGAAGAGCAUCAGCGGUGAGUACUACCUCAAUGGGCACUGGACCAUCGAGGCAGCCCAGGCCCUGCCCGUGGCCAGCACAGUCUUACAGUACCAGCGUGGUGCUGAGGGGGACCUGGCCCCUGAGCGGCUCCUAGCUCGUGGCCCCACCUCGGAGCCUCUGGUCAUUGAGCUCAUCAGCCAGGAGCCCAACCCCGGUGUGCACUAUGAGUACUACCUGCCAGUGAAGGAUCCCAGCCGAGGCUUCAGCUGGAGCCAUGGCUCAUGGAGUGACUGCAGCAUGGAGUGUGGUGGAGGUCACCAGUCCCGUCUAGUAGUCUGUACCAUUGACAAUGAGGCCUACCCAGACCACAUGUGCCAGCGUCAACCUCGGCCAGCCCACCGUCGUCCCUGCAACACCCACCCCUGCCCAAAGACCAAGCGGAUCUCUUUCCUGCACCGGCCCGGAGUGUGGUGCCAUGCUAGGGCCCAGCCUGUGUGUGGGAACAGCUGGAAGGUAGGACCAUGGACGCCUUGCUCAGCCUCCUGUGGGGGCGGAUCCCAGUCUCGCUCUGUCUACUGCAUCUCUUCAGAUGGGACUGGUGGCCAGGAGGCUGCUGAGGAGGCCCAGUGUGCUGGUCUACCUGGGAAGCCUCUUACCACACAGGCUUGUAACCUGCAGCGUUGUGCAGCCUGGAUAACAGAGCCCUGGGGAGAGUGUUCCGUCACCUGUGGUACCGGUGUCAGGAAGAGGAGGGUCACUUGCCAGGAUGAUGAGGACCCUCUGCUCCAUGCCACUGCAUGCUCCUUGAAGGACCAGCCGGCCCUCACGGAGCCUUGUGUGCGUGAGGCUUGUCCACUCCUCCAUGACCAGGCCUGGCGAGUCGGUGCCUGGGGUCUAUGCUCUAAAAGCUGUGGCUUGGGCACUCGGAGGCGACAGGUCAUCUGUGCCAUUCGGCCACCUGGCCACUGUGGAGGCCUGCAGCUGUCGAAGCCCGCUGAGGUGGAACCCUGCAACAGGCAGCCCUGCCAUCUUCCUCAGGAGGUCCCCAGCAUGCAAGACUCACGUACCCACCCCAUGGAUCCCAGAAUGCCUUUAGGCCCUCGAGUGGUCUCAGACUCUAGAGACCAGCGCUGGGCUGCUCAGGAGCAAUUCCGGACCCAGAAUAACCCUAGAGGGGGCCAGGGCCCCCACCUGUCAGCUCCAGGCCUCGCCCCAUCUCUGCAGCAGCUUCCACACCGGCCAUCCCUCAGACCCAGCUCAGGGCCCCGUGAUUGCAGAUACAGCCCUCACGGGUGCUGUCCUGAUGGCCACACACCAUCUCUUGGGCCACAGUGGCAAGGCUGUCCCCUGGCUGUGUCCACAUGUCAACAGAGCAGGUACGGAUGCUGUGCGGAUGGAGUGUCUAUGGCUGAAGGGCCCCAUCAGGCUGGUUGUGCCAGGUCUCGUGGCAGUGACAAUACUGGGAACAGGCCAGGGUCCAGGGCAGUGGUUUCCACGAUCCCCAAGACCGACCAACCCCAGGCCCAGGAGGGCGAGCUCAUUGAGUGCCGUAGCUCCCAGUUUGGCUGUUGCUAUGACAACAUGGCCUCUGCAGCUGGUCCCCUGGGGGAAGGCUGUGUGGGUCAGCCCAGCUAUGCCUAUCCAGUGCGAUGUCUGCUGCCAAGUGCCCAUGGGUCCUGUACAGAUUGGGCUGCCCGCUGGUACUUUGUGGCAUCAGUGGGCAGGUGUAACCGCUUCUGGUAUGGCGGCUGCCAUGGCAAUGCCAAUAACUUUGCCUCAGAGCAGGAGUGCAUGAACAGCUGCCGGGGACACCAUGGACCCAGCCGUCCUGAGCCAGGGGUCUCUGGCCAUCAUAUCCACACAAAUGGUGGCCGUGGUGGUCCUGGAGGUCAGCAGGAGCCUGGCUGGCACAGGACAGGAGCCACAGUCCCACGAUUGCCCUCACCUUCUGGAAACUCCUGGUGGAGAGAGCAAGAACCUGGGCCGGGGGAGGCACCCCACACCCAGGCCUUUGGAAAACGACCUGGAGGCCAGGAGCUCAGGCCCAGGGUCCCUGGACUGGGUGGAGAUGCUAGACAGCCAGUGCCACCCACACACAGUUCCUCCUACAGGAUCAGCUUGGCAGGCUCUGAGCCCUCUCUGGUACAGGCAGCCCUAGGGCAGUCGGUGCAGCUCUUCUGCCCUGGUGACAUCUCCCUGGAACUUCAGGCUGUAUGGAAGAAAGGUGGCCUGCCCAUCUCCUCUGACAGGCACUGGUUACAGUCAGAUGGCUCCCUCGUCAUCAGCCCCCUGCAGGCAGAGGAUGCUGGCACUUACAGCUGUGGCAGCCACAGGCCAGGCAGUGACCCCAAGAAGAUCCAGCUUCACAUUCUAGGAGGUGACAUGGCAGUGCUGUCCGAGAUUGAGCAAAGGAACUUUUUUCAGACCGGAGACCCAGCCCAGGGCCAUGGUGCUCCAGACCCUGGUAUAGGAAAUGCAGGCGGCCGAGGGGCUAUCUCCUCCACACACCGUCAGCCUGCUACCAGGCUUCGUCUGGACCGGACUCAGCCUGGCGUGGUAGAUGCCAGUCCAGGCCAGCGAAUCCGGCUGACCUGCCGUGCUGAAGGCUUCCCAGUCCCCACCAUCGAGUGGCAGAGAGAUGGACAGCUGGUCUCUUCCCCCAGGCACCAGCUGCAGCCUGAUGGCUCUCUGGUCAUCAGCCGAGUAGCUGUGGAAGAUGGUGGCUUCUACACAUGUGUUGCUUUUAAUGGGCAGGACCGAGACCAGCGCUGGGUCCAGCUCAGAGUUCUGGGGGAGCUGACAAUCACAGGGCUGCCCCCUGCUGUGACAGUGUCAGAGGGUGACACAGCCAGGCUGCUGUGUGUGGUGGCAGGAGAAAGUGUGAACAUCCGGUGGUCUAGGAAUGGGCUGCCAGUACAGGCUGAUGGCCACCGUGUACACCAGUCCCCUGAUGGCACACUGCUGAUUCAUAACUUGAGGCAGAAGGAUGAGGGGUCCUACACAUGUAGUGCCUACCAAGGGAGCCAGGCUGUGAGCCGCAGUACUGAGGUGAAGGUGGCCCCUUCAGCACCAGACGCUCAGUCCAAGGACCCAGGCAAGGAGUGCAUCGAUCAGCCAGAGCUGGCCAACUGUGCCUUGAUCCUGCAAGCCCAGCUCUGUGGCAAUGAGUAUUACUCCAGCUUCUGUUGUGCCAGCUGUUCCCGCAUCCAGUCACAUGCUCAGCCUGUCUGGCAGCAGGGAUGAAGGCUGGAUUGUGGCUUCAGGUCCGGAUAGUUUGCUGGGGAGAAGGGAAAAUAAGACGUGGCUUCCUCUCUCUGGCCAGCAAUCUUUCAGAUACCAGCCCUUUAAAAAAAAAAAAAAAAAAACAAAAAACAAAACAAAAAAAACCCCAAACCCAGUGAUAAGCCUCAGCAGCUGCCAGUGCCAGCCUCCUUCUGUAGUGCUCAGUAGGGCCUGUCUGAUAGGACCACAGUCUGCUGUGAAAGAGUAAACUGCUUGGGUAAGGACAGCCUUUCCUUUACAGCUUCCCUUUAUAAUUUCUACUGCUGUUGAGGAUCUCUUAUCUGAAAUGUUUGAGAUCAAUGUUUCAGAUCUUAGAAUAUUUGUAGACUUUACUGAUUGAACAGUCCUAAUCCAAAACUCUGAAAUACUCUGAAAUCUGAAACACUUGACUGGUGCGUCAGCUCUCAAAAAAUUUCAAGUAUACUGGAUUUUGGGUGAGGGAUGCUUUAUCUAUACAGAAGAUAAACUUCCUGCAAUGCAAAGCAAAGUAGGAGGAGGGUAAGGGAAAUUCCAAUUGCUCAGUUACAGAAGUAUUCUGUGCUAGAACCCAAUGUCCUUGAGUCAGAUGGUGGUCUGUCACCCCAGUCUUUCUCAUGUUCCUAGGGAGUGGCACAGCUGGCUUCAACACCAUCACUGUAUGGGGCUCACAACACAAUGCUUGUGAAAACUCUCAGCAAGGUAGAAUAUAAUCGUAGGCCUCAAUAUGGGGAUCCUGGAUGAAAAAUCCAGUUAGCAUUGCCAUUUAACAUGGGAAAGCACCCUGCUUCACUGCAAAGCUGGACUCUGAAGCCCUCCUGGGGCUGCCCUGGAAAGCUGGCUGGGAAGGUGCAUGUGCCUCCUUUUACAGAGCUCACUGGCCUGCUCUGAGCAGUGAUGAGAAGCCUCUCUUCCUUAAGCUGAAGUCUGUAUUUGUUGCCAGAGAAAACCCAGACUAUUGCUGAAAACAGCAGAUGGAGGCUGGCAAGAUGGCUCAGCAGGUAAAAGUGUACACACACACACAUACAAUUCAAGGUCUUUAAAAUAACAGCUAGGAAUGGUGGUCCAUGCCUAUAACCGGAGAAUUUGGAAGGCUGAGGCAAGAGAGGAUUGCCAUAUGUUUAAAAGGCCAGCCUGGGCCAGAAAAUAAGACCUUGUCUCAAAGCAAGCAAGCGAAUAUACAAACAACCUACCCCAAAUACACAAAAACAAAAAACCCAACGUUAGCAGAAUGGGGAAGUCAAUGGUUGCAUUACAGUAGGGAAGUGGUUUUUGAAGAGUUUGAGCUGCAGGGAGUCAUCCUUUAUCUUUUAGAAUCUCUAAAUCUUUUUUUUUUUUUUUUGGUCUUUAUG